GAGAUGGACGAUUUACUGGACCUGGGCGAGGAGAGACGACGCAGUUCGACCACCUCCGGAGCCAAGAUGGGCCGCCGAGCUCAACAGGAGUCAACUCAGGCUGAGAAUUUCUUCAGCAGCAAGAAUUCUUCCCUGACUCAGACUGGAGAGGCUCCCCCACCAAAACCCCCUCGACGGCAGGGAGGCUGGGCGGACGACUCCAUAAAGGUGUCAAAAUUGGGAAAGAAAUUUUCUGAGGAGAUGGAAGACCGCCGCCUCAGACAACACAGCCUGACUGGAUCAGAUGAAGAAGGACUCCGCUGCACUCGGCUUUCCUGGGGUUGCAGGUUUGAGCAGCCAGACCCACUUUCUGCAUGGCUGGUGGAGAUUCAGAAGCUUUUUCCCAGCCCCAAUUCUUCCUUAAAACAGAUCUUCCGCUUACCUCUUGUCUUGCCCAUGUCUUUCUUUUUAUGUGUGUGGAUGGAGUUGUGUGUGUGUGUGUGUGUGUGUGUGUGUGUGUGUGUGUACAUUCAUACACGUGUCCUCUAUUGCUAUAGUAAUCUGUAGUGACCAUUUUAAGUACUUGGACGGCUAAUCCGAUCAUUGCUGUCUCUUCUGAGUCUGUUUCUGUUGACUCCUUUUCCUUCUGGAAGAGGUAUUUCCACUUCUCUCUAUCUUUCUUUCUCCACACACAUGUAUGCAGAUGAGCGCGUGCACUCACACACACACUGCUCCCUCACUGAUGAAUAGUUUGAUUGGAUAUGGGGCACACUGGAUAUGACAUAUUAUUCCUGAACCUCUCUGUCCCCCUUCAAAGGCUGAUCCAUUUUUUGGCAGGUCUUUGAUGGUCAAGUUGUUUAUUUUGAGAGUUAUCUGGAGCUAGCACUAAGACGUGUCCAACUUUUUGCCAUUAAGACAAAAUAUUGUCAACUACAAAAUUCAUGCUUGAGAACCGCAUAAUCAAGUUACAAAGAGAGGGGGGAGGGGAAGGGAGAGGAGAGAGAAA